AAAUGGUCACGACUUCUAUUACCAAACGGCCAAAUUGCGCGCUCUGCCUGGAGGGAGAAGCUGAGGUCACUCGACAAGACGCGGAUGUCCCGUAAUGUCAAACUAUUAAUCAAUAGGCAGAUACGAUUUGCGGAAGUUCUGUACUAUACGAGACUAGCAGUUGCCGAACCAGACACAGACGAUGUGGAUGACAACGCCAGUUACCACUUCAUUGACAUCGCUGUCGUUCAAAUGUACUCUCCCCCUGAUGAUCCACUUUUACGGCUCUCAUCUCAGACAGUCGUUUCAUGCACACUCCUCGACGAAGUCUCUGUUGUCAAUGUCAAGGAAAUCAUGAGCGUUGUCGCCAUGAUCCCACAUGAACCAAGACUGCCUUCAGGCAUUACCGAGGACCGCUUUUUCAUGCUAGAAAAACCAGGGUUAGACAUC